UGGAAGACCAUCAAUACAUUAUGACUACCUCUAUGUUCCAGUACCUUGAGGACAUGGACAACCUUUUGAAAGAAAAUUCUGUAAAGCAAACUCAAGAAAAUUUGAUGGAAAUGGCUCCUGAAGAUCAAAUGAUCAAUUAUGAUUACAAUGUGGAUUUUAAUCAGGACGUAAUGCCUGAACAAAGCUAUGAAUUCGAUUUUGGAAAAGGAAACAACCUCGAUAACGACAUGUUCAGCCAAAAGCUCGACCUUCGAGAUGAAAUGGAGCUGGAUGCAGGAAUUCCGGACUUCAAAGAAGCUCUGCACGCGAACUCCUCGUCUACAAAACUCGAUCUUUCUAGACCGAAUGAGACCCAAGGAGAGAUUGCCUCCCCUGUAGAGAGUGAGAUGAAGGAACCAGAGCCAAAAACUAAAGGCAGAAUGUCUAAUAAGGAACGUGCCAGAAAAGCAAGGCAAAGGAAGAAGAAGUACUAUGAAGAUCUUGAAAAACGCUGCUGUUAUUUAGAAGAACUUUGCAAAAACCUCACAAAGGAGCUCCAGUUUAAUAAACACAAGGUUAGGCUUUACGAAUGCUCAGACCGUGGUGGAAGCCACGAGGGGUUUAACAGAGACAUCCGAAUGAUAGAUAGCCUCAUAGAAAGAGCCAAGAGAAUAGACGGUAAUGAUGAAAAGCUUAUGAAGACUAUCCGAAAUAUACAAAAAGGAUACAGUUCAAUGGGUGAUGAGAAAAUGAAAAUCCUAGAUGGCUCCUUCGACAUGUUCAUGGAAAACAUCCUUUGUGGUACAGACUUUAAAUCCUUAUUUUAUUCCGUAGAUAAGGAUCUCCCUAAAACCUUUGCAGAGGCACAGGCUUAUUUAAAGAUGAAAAAAUUCCAAAAAUAUGAGUUGUAUCCUGAUGAGAAGCUCAGAGAUUUUUUGGAUAUCAAGUUACCAAUGAUCAAGACUGAGGAAGAGUAUGACCAUCUCAUGGUCAAUAAGCUCCUUAUUGUCCGAGACAUCAAAGAAGAGAUUAAAGAAGGCAUAGCCACUCUAUAUAAAGGUAAAGAGAUUAUCUAUAAAGCUUUGAUGAAAAAUGAUACGCUAAAUGGAAGCUACGCCUGGUAUAAAAUGGAUAAGGUCAAGAUUCUCAAUUAUUUAGAGGAAAUGAAGCAUAGUAACCUCAAAUUUACAUAUAAAGAUGCAUUCGAUGUUAAAGAAGAGGAAACUGAAGUAGAAAUGAGAGUAAACAUUCCUAAUCCUGAAAUAUGGAGUAUCCUAACUAGGAUGCAUGCUCCUGAAAACCCUGACUUACAGACAAUGACUGAGUGGGCGAAAAGCUAUAAGAUGAACCACCUCGUAUCUCCCAUUGCUUAAAAAUGUGAAAAUUUAUUCCUUA